AUGAGUGUGGUUGACAGGUGUGCGGAGCUGUUGCUGAGGUUUGGGUGUAACGUGAACAGUCGCACAGAGGACAAGGGCGAUACAGCCCUGCACAUUGCAGCCAGGUUCGCUUUGGAGGGUCAUGUCCAGUUGUACCUUCAUCACGGAGCAUCUGUGAACAGGCUGAAUGAGAGUGAGCAGAGCCCACUGCACUGUGUAUGUGCCCAGUCCCACAGCAGCGAGGAUGCUGACAGGUAUUUCCGAGUCUGUCACUAUCUGGUUGAGCAUGGGGCCAGUGUGGAGGCACUGGAUGAAGAGAAGCAAUCAGCACUGCACUUGGCCUGUCGCACAGUCAACCACAGGAUGGUGGAUCUGCUCCUGAGCAAAGGAAUCGAUGUUAACCGCAUGGAUUACGGGGGAAAUGCCCCAAUGCACAAAGCCCUGCAGGCUGUCGCUUACAAGUUAGAACAUGAACCCGAACGCACCGUCCGAUCCCUCUUAAACUAUGGAUCCAUCCGGAUUUGGCCAGGUGCUAUUCCAAAGGUGAGUUAA